UUGCAGGACACACCUCAGCAUUGGACGGCAGAGCAGGUUCGUCGAUUCUAUGCAGCCAUAAAAGUCCAUGGCAAGAAUUUUCAUGCAAUUCACAAGGAUUUCUUCUCUCCCACCACCGCGGUGGAUCCCAUAACUGGGAUUGGAGGUGGAGCAGUCGUUGAGGCAUUGGCAUCGCGUAACUCCCGCGGACGAAAACGUCGGGGUAACGUGCAAGCAGAUUCUAAGAUCACAACCGCGGUCAUUGAUACUGAUAUGAUAAAAAAGGAGGAGGACGACGGAAAACCGAGUUGCGACAUAAAGGACGAGGCGAAGAAUAUGGAGGGUAAUGAUGAAGAUCCAGAAGAUGAGGAGGCAGAGGAUGUUAAGGAUGGAGACGGCGAAAUUUGUAGACCAACUCGAACUUUGUUUCGGCCGACUAGAGAGAAAACAGUCAAACAGCUGGUGACUUUUUACUACUACUGGAAGCGGAAGAGCACCUCCAAUAUCACAUCCGCAGCUGCUCACGCUGCUGCUGUUGCCGCUGCGGCUGCCGCAGCCGCCGUAAAUACUGGCGCUCCCUUCCGAGGCUCCACUGUGGAAGCCAACUUCAAUCGGGGCUUCGCAGCUGGGAAGAAGCGCAAGACAGCCAUUAUAGACUGCUCGGAUGCAACAGCUGUCAACAGCAACAAUCCUCCAGAGUCAGAGAAUGAAGAGACUGGAGUAGAAACACCUCGUACCGAUCUUGCUGCCUCGCCGGCGGAUGCCACUGUAGUUACCACGGACGUCACUGCUGAAGGCGAGGAAACUUUAAAGGCAUCGGAUGAAUCUACAGAACUUACGAGGUUGUGUCGAAAUUGCUGUGUUGAGCCUAUCGAGUUUCCAUCGGAAUCACCGACGAUGCCCACGAAGCACCAUCAAGCAGGUGCAGAGAAGCCCAUGGUUACUCAAAUCUGCUCCAAGUGUCGGAUGCACUGGCGGAAGUACGGAGAACUGCCCACAACUUCACUUGACAAGAAGGCAAUGUCGCCCUUAAAGAAGGUGGAGGAGAAGGAGACAGAGAAGGCAGAGGGGGAGGAAGGGGAGGGGGAGCCAAUGGUCGACAAAACCAGUGACGAGCUAUCAAUUUGCAAUGAAGCAGAAGUAUCAUCUGCUCAGCAGUUGCAAGACGGAGUCAGCGCCUUUGAAAAGUUAAAUGACUCUCCUUCAUCUUGA